AUGAAUCCAAAGAACCAAGAUGGGACAUUGAUUGUCCCAAUGUGGAUCAACGGCAAAGAAGAAAUUACUUCCUCAACAUUCGAGGUGACGUCCCCAAAGACAGACCGGACUUGCUGGAAGGCAGUUUCUGCCACGACUGAGGACGCGCUACGUGCCAUUUCCUCUGCCCAGGCAGCUUUCCCAAGCUGGUCCCAGACCAAGCCAACCACUCGUCGAGACAUUCUACUCAAAGUAGCAGACUUACUCCAAGAGCGCACUCAAUGCAACUGA